UGGUAAAGAGCCCUUGUCCCAUUCCCCGGGCAGGGUGAGGGUUCAGUCCCAAAGGUGACGCCGGGAGGGGCUUUGUCACCACCACCAGCAGGAUUUGGGCUCAAGCAGGGUGAGGGGCUGAACAUCCCCCAGAGCCACCAGGCUCCUGCUUUGGGCAGGGGGCCAGCGCCGCCUCUCCCGUGGCAGCUGGUGGGGAUGAGGGGCUGAGGAGGAUCCCCCCGUCUGUCCCCACACAGCCCCCUCUUUCCCCUGGCACUUUCUGGGCUGUUGCAGCCGUUGGCGCAGCCGUUGCCUGGGAACAACAGCCGGAUGCAAACAGGAGCAGGACUGGUGUGACGCUCCCUGGCAAGAGAGUGGAGGUGAGGAUGGAUGAGUCAAGUGAAGUUGUACCAGAGGAGACAACUGAGGGAAGACCAGAAGUGAGCAGCGAACCCACGGGUACAUCUGAGGAUGGACAGACAGCUCAGAUGGCCGUGCUGCCUGAGGAGGACCUCCUCACUGCUGCCUGGGAGAAGGAAGGAACACCAGAUGCUGGAACAGAUACGCUGCUGAGUCCCCUGUGGCCUCCUUCAGGGCUGAGGAUCCCCGUCUCCCUGCCCAGCCCUGGCUAUGAGGAGCAGGGAGUGCAGCAGUGGAGCGGGGACGACCAUGGGCACGAUGGCUCUGCCAGCUUGGUGUGGGUGGCCACACCGGGGGUGCUCUUCCAGGAGGACAAGCAAAACAAACUUCACCCCCUUAGCCUGUCCCGGGUGCUGGGCUACAACAGCAGCCUGGCCGUGCACAGCCUGAUGGACGGGGAGGACCGGGUGAUCCUGUACGUCUCCUCCCACACCGCGGUCAUCCACGACGUCCUGGGGAACAGGCAGUACCACCUGCAGGGCCACACCAAUGCCAUUUCUUGCCUGUGUGUGAGUGAGGACAGGCGCUGGGUUGCAACCGCCGACCAAGGGCCAGAUGCUCUGAUCAUCGUGUGGGACUCCUUCUCUGGGAUUCCGGUGCGGACCAUCUUUGAGAGUCAUCCCGGGGAGGGGGUCAGUGCUAUCGCUAUUUCCCGGGACGCGAAGUAUUUGGCAACCGUUAGUGCUGGCACUGUGCAGAGAGUCUGUGUUUGGAAGUGGACUUUGCCCACAGAGAAACCCCUGUGCAGCACAGAGCUGAGGCCUGAGUUUGGGUAUCAGGAUUUUAUUAUUUUUAACCCUCAAAAUCCCCGUGAGUUUGUCAGCAAUAGCAAAACCCAGGUGAUAUUUUACCUGUGGGGCAAUGCUGGGUUGCAGUACAGCGCACCGCUCCUGAACAGUGAGACCUUUGGCACCGUGGUGGGACACUUCAGCCAGUCGGCUUUUCAUUUUAACAACUUGCAAGCUCUGACGGGCACCUCGGCGGGGAAGCUGGCGGUGUGGGACACGACUGAUCCCUAUGGCCCCUCCAGGGAACCACAGGCCAAGCCGCACAGCAGGAAGGCCACCAAACUGGUGCCUCUGCAGAAGGACAGUCUUACCGUGCUCACCGUGUUUGAGAGCUGUAUAGUAACAGGUGAUGUGAAAGGUCGGGUUAAAUUCUACGACGGGCAGCUGCAGGUCCUCACCUGCUACCGCCACGGCAAAGUGGGUCCCAUUCGGUCCAUCUCCUUCUCCAACACCCCUCCUGGCGCCUCCCCAGCCUGCUCCACCUCCUGCACCACCAGCAGCCAGCCCUUCAUCACCAGGAACUUUAUCCUUUCAACCUCUGAUGCAACUGUGCUUCGUGUUGCAACAGACACGACAAACUUUGAAAAAGUCAUGGAUGAGGCGAAGCAAGCUGUGAAUGCCAUCGCAUGUCACCCCUGGCAGGCGCUCCUCGCUGUGGGGAGUCGCUGUGGGCUGCUGAGGGUGUGGGAUUACCAGCAGACCAAGUACCUGGUCAGCAGGGUGUUCACUGAGGCCGGUAUCCAGUGCUUGUGCUACGACCCUGCAGGUUAUUAUCUGGCCGCUGGUUUUACUGAUGGAAGCGUUCACAUCCUCGAUGCCAUUUCCCUUCAGUCCAGCUGCAAAGAGUUCAAGUUCUCACAUGGUCCCGUGACUCAUAUCAGCUUCUCUCAUGAUUCCGAGUACCUUGCAACUGCUGAUGAGAAAUACGCAGUGACUGUUUACAAGAGAGUCCUGCAAAAUGGGAGCAGGUGCUGGCAACACCUCGCAGGGAUGCACUCCCACUACAAACCCAUCCGGAGCAUCCUCUUUGGGGUCCAGUUAGACAGCCACAAGCCCAGGCUCCUGAGCCUCGGGGAGGACCGGCAGCUGGUUGAAUAUGACCUGAACAGCAGCAGCAAGGACCACCUGGUAGUCUUGCACAGGGACCGGCUAGAGCAGUUUGCUGUGCCUCUGUGCUUGGCCUGGUACCCACAGCUCAGCACCGAGUCCUUUAUUCUCACUGCCAACAACCACUACAAAAUGAAGCUCUAUAACACAACAACCAAAAUGUGCAGAAAGACCCUUUUGGGACCAACCUAUGGCUCCCCAUUGGAGAAGAUACAAAUCCUCCCAACAACAAACACUAUGGAUCCCCAGAAACACUAUCUGGCGUACAUUACAAAAGACAAGGUGGGCUUGCAGAUCUUGCCUGUCGAUGGCAACCCCCACAAGUCCUCAGCUUUCCUUUGCCACCCAGAUGGUGUCUCUGACCUCGCUACCUCCUUCGAUGGACACUACAUCUUUACAGCAGGAGGGAACGACUGCACUGUUAUGAAAUGGGAGGUCAACCUAAAUGCCUUGGAUGCUGCUGCUUCCCUGGGCGGAGAGAACUUGAUCCCAUUCUACAACCUACUGGAUGGUGGCAGAGGCGGCGAAUUCUUCAGGGAACUGGAAGAUUAUUUUUACUAUGUGCAGCUGCGUGGCCAUGGCAUUGAUUCGCUGGAGACCAGACAGGUGUCAACGCAUAUUCCCUUGGAGGAAAUUCCUUCCAUAAUGAGAGCAAUGGGAUUUUAUCCAUCAGAGGAAAAGUUCAGUGGGGCCGAUACAAAACCUAAUGCCAGAUCAGCCAGAGCUGAGUGAAAAUGACUGUUCUUGCCUGGCGUGACAUGCGCUACAGGAAAAAUCUACAGCUGAGAUUUCCCUCUUCCCUGGGCUUCAUUCAGUGGAAAAACUUGUGACACAAGGACAAAGGCCCAAGGCUGAAUGCAAAGAUCUCCCCGGGGAGAUCUUGCAUCAGCUUCCCUUCCCGGAGAGUCGCAGCCUCGGUACGUGUUGGCACGGGGAAUUCUCCCAGCGUUUCUCUGCUGCCCGUGCAUCUGCAGAGGGGCUGCCGCUUGGAGCACGAGUGCAAUGAAGGCGCCGAGCAGAUCCUGCCUGUCGGACACUCAUCUGCACAGCUGCCAGCAGGGCUGACUCACAGCUCUGGACUUCAGGAAAACCACUGGUAUCCAGCAUGGCCAGCGCUUGCCCGUUUGCUUGAGAGAGGAGCGAUCCAGCUGUGCGGGAUGUUGGCCUGUCCAAGCAAAUUUCAGAUUGGUCUUGGGCAGAGGCAGAACUGUACCAGACAUAGGUCGGACUGGGAUGGGGGGAAAGAUUGUGCAUGUGGAUACACUGUGUGCAGCCUGGUUAUGUCGGGACUUUCAUACGUGUGCUUUUGUAAUGGGGUGGUAUGUUUGUGGUUUGCCUGCCCACUGUCCCCAGAGUGGAGACACAGCUGUGGCAAAGGCACCGGUAACAGCUGCAAAGUCCCCAAGUGCCUGUCAUAAUACAGGAAAUCCAAAAUUACUACAUCUGUUACCCCCAUCUUUACCUAAUAUUGUCACAACAAGUGCGUAACCGUUAGCCGUGUCCAUCCUCAGCUGCUGAGCGCUGGCUCGUUACUGGGACAUGGUCACAAC